AAUACCAGUGGAGGUGUCUGGACAUUUCUACUAAUCCCUUGCAUGUGAAGGACUGUGCUAAUGUUCCUACUCAAACUAAGUUUUCGGUAAAACUUUCACAACAAAGUUACGAUGGUUGCACUAAUCCAGUACAAAUACUUGGACCAGAUGAGACUAUUCUAGCAUGGAAUAUGGAUGAUAAUACUUUAUUAAUGAAUUCAUCAUAUUACGCUAAAAACACUCAAUGGUGCUAUGGCGAUUCAAAUUUUGAGGAUUCUUUUCUUAUUCAUCCAUAUGGCAGACCUUCGGAUUGUCUAUCUGCACCUAUUAUAGAAGGCGAUCCGGUAACGGUUAUACCUUGCCUUGUUCCAACUGUUGAACAAAUACAAGGAGUAACAUGGUCAUUUUUAACGACUUUACCUCCUAAAAAAUAUCAUUCUGAUAAUAACUUGUAA